CCACUCUGACCCACUCUGACCGCCUAUUUUGAUUCUGCUAGCCCAUUAAUUCUUCCCUCCCUCCACCACCCACCUCCUCCUUCCCUCAAACGGAACUCCGUUUCCAAAAGCAGUGAAGGAGAGUGGCUUCAUGCAAGGGCUUUCUCCGACCACCCGUUCCGGCAGUUCUGAACCGGAAGACUUGACUAAAACUGAUAAGAGAAGUAAAAGAAGUAGACGAUAUGUUCCGCAGAAGAAUUCCGUGGCGUAUGCAUUGUUAAUCACACUUUACCGGGGACUUGAAAAUGGGAAUGAAUUUAUGCGUAAACAGGAGCUUAUCGAUGCAGCUGAAGCGAGUGGACUUUCUCGUGUGCCUAUUAUGCCAGAGAUGGGAAAGGGAAAACCGGGAGGUCCAGGACACUUUGCAGGUUCUGGACGGGAAUGGUAUAGUGGAUGGUCCUGCAUGAAGACAUUGGUAACCAAGGGCCUAGUUACAAAAUCAAGCUGCCCAGCAAAGUACAUGCUUACUGAAGAAGGUCAAGAAGCUGCAUGUGAAUGUCUAACCAGGUCUGGUAUGGCAGGUCCUAUCAGAAAAACUGCUAAUGCCAAAGGGCUUUCUGUUCUGGAUGUGGAUACUACUUCACAUCAGGAGCUUGAUCAUUCUGACUCUGGGGAAGAGGUCAUAUUGUUAUCAACUAAUGUGAGUAGGAAGAAGAAUUCGCUUGAUAUUCCAGAGGAAUACAUCGGGAAGAGUUAUCCUGUGCCAAAGUCUACUUUGGAUGGUUUUGAAGCAAGUCGGAAUGUUUUCUCGUUGCCACCUCUAAGCUUUGGGGAGAGAUUUGAAGAUGCAUAUGAAGUAAUCUUGGUUUUGGAUGAUCGAGAGCAAUUUGCCACUAGGGGAUCGCGGCCUGGAAGAAUUAUUGAGAAUGUUCGCACUCAAUUCAAAAUCAAAAUAGAGGUUAGAAGGUUACCAGUUGGAGACGGAAUCUGGAUAGCUCGCCAUAAACAUCUUCAGAGCGAAUACGUGCUUGAUUUUAUAGUUGAGAGGAAGAAAGUCGAUGAUUUGCGCUGUUCAAUCAGAGAUAACCGUUACAGAGACCAAAAACUGAGGCUUUUGAGAUGUGGUCUUAAGAAGCUGAUAUAUCUUGUGGAAGGUGAUCCAAAUUGUUCUGAAGCAGCGGAAAGCAUUAAAACAGCCUGUUUCACAACUGAAAUUUUGGAGGGAUUCGAUGUUCAAAGAACCAGUGGCUUGGCUGAUACACUGAAGAAGUAUGUUCAUCUUACUCAAGCGAUAACUCAGUAUUACAAAUCAGAGUAUUUGGAGGAACAAAGUAUGAAUGCUGGGGUCUGCCCUUCUUUUGAUGAUUUUAUCAAAAGGUGCCAAGACCUGGAUAAAAUGACAGUUAGUGACGUAUUUGCCAUUCAGCUCAUGCAGGUACCCCAGGUAACUGAGGAAGUUGCCAUAGCUGUUCUUGAUUUGUACCCCACGCUUUUAUCUCUUGCCCGUGCCUACUCUCAGCUUGAAGGCGACGUCGAUGCACAGGAGAAGAUGCUUAAAACGCAGAGUAACAACGUUGUCAAUGCAGGUGCUAGUAAAAAUAUAUUUCAACUCGUAUGGGGAAAUUGACUGUUUCUUGUCCUACGUCGUGAACGGACAAUGAGUUUGACUAAAUCAGAAACUCAUAUGGGCAUGAUUGAGUCGUAUUGUAAGCAAAAUCAAGUCAAACUUUGUCCGCAGGUAAUUUUAAGAGUCGCAUAUCAGUUACGUGGUGGUUGUGUUUCCAUUCAACGUUUUGCAAUGUGGGUAAAUGACGCGUUUUUUAUGUCAUGGAGCUAGAUUAUAAUA